CGUGCGGCACGGCGCGGCCGGGGCCGGGGCCGGAGCCGGGCCGGGGCAGGUGGGGAGUUGCUCGGGCCAUGGCGGCGGGCGGCGGCUGGGGGGCGGCCGGCCGGGCCCGGCUGUUGGCCGUGCUGCUGGCAGGGCUGCUCGGCGGGGCGCGGGCUUUCGGUGACGAGGAGGAGCGGCGUUGCGACGCCAUCCGCAUCGCCAUGUGCCAGAACCUGGGCUACAAUGUCACCAAGAUGCCCAACCUGGUGGGACAUGAGCUGCAGGCGGACGCGGAGCUGCAGCUCACCACCUUCACCCCCCUCAUCCAGUACGGCUGCUCCAGCCAGCUCCAGUUCUUCCUUUGUUCAGUCUACGUCCCGAUGUGCACAGAGAAGAUUAACAUCCCCAUCGGUCCAUGCGGUGGCAUGUGCCUCUCUGUCAAAAGAAGAUGCGAACCUGUCCUAAAAGAAUUUGGAUUUGCCUGGCCAGACAGCCUGAACUGCAGCAAAUUCCCACCCCAGAAUGAUCACAACCACAUGUGCAUGGAGGGCCCAGGAGAUGAAGAGGUUCCCCUUCAUAGCAAGACCUCCUUGCAGCCUGGAGAAGAGUGCCACAGCAUGGGAUCUAACUCAGAGCAGUACAUCUGGGUGAAGAGAAGCUUGAACUGUGUCCUCAAGUGUGGCUAUGACGCUGGUCUCUACAGCAGGUCAGCUAAGGAAUUCACAGAUAUCUGGAUGGCUGUGUGGGCCAGUCUUUGCUUCAUCUCAACUGCCUUCACAGUCCUGACCUUCCUGAUUGAUUCAUCCAGAUUUUCCUACCCGGAGCGCCCAAUCAUAUUUUUGAGCAUGUGCUACAAUAUUUAUAGCAUUGCUUAUAUUGUGAGGCUAACUGUGGGCCGGGAAAGGAUAUCCUGUGAUUUUGAAGAGGCAGCAGAACCUGUUCUUAUCCAAGAAGGUCUUAAGAACACAGGAUGUGCUAUAAUUUUCUUGCUGAUGUAUUUUUUCGGGAUGGCUAGCUCCAUCUGGUGGGUUAUUCUCACACUGACGUGGUUUCUGGCUGCGGGACUCAAGUGGGGCCAUGAAGCAAUAGAAAUGCACAGCUCUUAUUUCCACAUUGCAGCCUGGGCUAUCCCUGCAGUGAAGACCAUUGUCAUUUUGAUUAUGAGACUGGUAGACUCAGAUGAACUCACUGGCCUGUGCUACGUUGGGAACCAGAACCUAGAUGCACUGACGGGCUUUGUCGUCGCUCCGCUUUUUACCUACCUGGUCAUUGGGACUUUAUUCAUUGCAGCAGGACUUGUGGCCUUAUUUAAAAUCAGGUCUAAUCUCCAGAAAGAUGGAACUAAAACAGACAAGCUGGAAAGGCUGAUGGUCAAAAUUGGUGUCUUUUCAGUGCUGUACACUGUCCCAGCAACAUGUGUCAUUGCCUGUUAUUUCUAUGAGAUCUCCAACUGGGCCAUUUUCCGCUAUUCUGCAGAUGAUUCCAAUAUGGCAGUGGAGAUGCUCAAAAUCUUCAUGUCCCUCCUGGUGGGUAUUACAUCAGGUAUGUGGAUCUGGUCAGCCAAAACUCUGCACACGUGGCAGAAGUGCUCGAACAGACUAGUGAACUCAGGGAAAGUGAAACGGGAGAAGAGAGCAGAUGGCUGGGUGAAACCUGGGAAAGGGAAUGAGACCGUGGUAUGAGGAAAGGAUGACACCCCGAUGGCCUGACCUCUUGCCAGUGAAGGACUGAUUGUGUGGAAGCACUGCCACGUAAAUGUUGGGUGUAGAAUAAGGAGAUUGUUACAUAACCUGUCUCUGGGGAAUGGUUAAAAAUGCCUUAAAGAGUGACCAGCAAAAAGAUCAUGCUGCAGAUACAAUAGCCAUAAACCAUGCUGCCCAAAAUAGGAAAGCCCAGGGAGGCUUCAGAAGCUGUGAAGUACCCAAAUGCAUUAUCUUCCUUUUAAAAGCAGGAUGCAAUGUACUGAAGUCUUUAGAAGCUGAAAGACUCUACAGCUGUGAGAUACUGUUUCCUUUCCAUUAUUUUGUACCUGAUGGAGGAAAGGCAGUCCAGAGCAAAAUCCUAGGCUGAUUUAGAGUCUGAUUAUCAGAAGAUAAUAGCCCAGGGCCUCAGUUAGAUGUCUUCUUUCCAAGUUCAGCAUCGUGAGGGAGGGUGUCU